GUCAUAUGAUCAACUCUUGUUUCCGUUUCCGCCGCCAGCAGCCUGACGCGGAGCUGCAUCUCUAGCUGGCAUCAUUGUAUCGCAUCACAUAUUUUUGUUUCUUUCAUGAAUGCGACAAUGUUGCAGCUGAGAGCCUUUGUGAACGAGCGGCUGUCAGCAGCAGCCGUGGAAAUAUUUGGAGAGUUUGAGAAAGCGAUAGAUUUGUACAAAGCUGAAGUGACUCGGUCUAAAGAGGAGGUCCACAACCUGCGGAAACAGCUGGAUUUUCUGCACGACAAGUCAGCUGUAGAACCGCCAGUGGCCCACAGCACCGCCGUUGGAGAGGGACAUGACUCCAGUCUGCUGCAGGAGAAGCUGCUGCCCUCAACACCAGUGGAAAUGGGACAGGAGUCAAACUUCAACCUGAAGGCUGAAGUUGCUGGACCCUCUCACGCCAAUGCUGCUGUAGAAAAUCCUGACUGGAAUUAUUGCAUGUUUCAGACAGACCCUGAAGUGUCACAGGUUAAGGAAGAGCAGGAGGAGCUUGGCAUUGACAGUCAAAAACAAGAGGCUGUUUUUUUUUCUCCUGAUGAUGUGGUAAGUGAACAAGAUCAACCAGAGGCAGAAGUUACAACUGAACUGGAGCCGCUCUCCUCAGACUGCUCUGCCGUUCAGAGUGAGAACAGUGAUGAUGAGGAUUGGACGGAGAGCAAAGGAGCACAGAGAAGGUUGAAGACACAGAAAUCAAAGGCAAGUCAAAGGCAGACUGACAACACAAUGCAGGGGAGAAAUGCUGCUGUUUCCUGUAAAGUGUCUUCUGUGCUUCAGACUGAUCGUAGUUUUUGCCAUUUGUGUGGCAAGACCUUUCGGUAUGUAGGGUCUUUAAUGAAACACAUAAAAACACAUGACAAGACAGUUGAUUGUCGCGUUUGUGGGAAAACAUGCAAGUCUACAGAUGAGUUGGUAGAUCAUUUACGAACUACUCACAAGAAAGCCCAUUUUUGUUACAUCUGUGGUAAAACUUUCACCAAAGUUGGUUUUCUCAGAGUGCACUCAAAAGUACACACACAGAUAAAAGAGUUUACUUGUCAGGACUGUGGCAAAGUAUUUUUCCGCAAAGAGCAUCUUAUUUUGCAUGUAAGAACCCACUCAGGAGAGAAACCGUACUGCUGUGAUAUCUGUGGGAAGGCAUUCAGUCAGAGCCAGAAUCUUACAAUCCAUAAGAGAAGUCAUACAGGAGAGAAACCAUAUCAUUGUGAGUUCUGUGGCAGGCUGUUCAAUACCAGCACUCAGCUCAAAACACACAUGAGGUAUCAUUCAGGAGAAAAGCCGUACCACUGUGAUAUUUGUGGCAAACAUUUUCGCCAAAGCGGACAGCUGUCAAGACAUAAGAUGACACACACAGGGGAGAGGCCAUACGGCUGCCGUAUUUGUGGCAUGCGAUACAGAUUUGCUCCAAAUCUGAAGGAGCACAUGAAAGUUCACGAAAGGGAAACCACAGUGGCUUCAUCUACAUGCAUGGAGUAGCUCAGUUAUUGCCCAUAUUCUGGUUAAGGACAUCCAUGGUUUCAGCUGGCUUUGAUACUAAUUGUGUGGGCCAUUGCCACAAGUAAAUCAAGAACAGAAUAUUCUUGCCGAUCUAUGUUGUUACAUCCACAAAGUCCCUGAUCUACCAGCAAAAAGAUGAGGGCAGCCCGCUCCCUGUAAGACAGAGGAUACUUCCAACAGAAAGAAAUGAUGAUCCCAUAGUAAUAAUAGAUGCACUGCUCUUUUGGGGUCGGUGUUUUGGUUUCAGAGUGUAUCCAUGAGCUUUUAUGAGUCUGAGUUCAUGCAAAACCAAAAAUGAAAAGAAUCAUUCCUUCACAUGCUGACAAAGUUAUGAUGACUCUUAAAUGCAGAACCCGAACAUGGUCACUUGAGUAACUGGGAUAAGAACUGAAAUUUAUACAGCAGGUUUUGUUAAAUUGUCUCACCUACUCAUCUAGGCUAUGCAAUGUGUUGCAUCUUUAUUUUUUUUGUGGAUGUGAACAUAGAAAUAUAUUUGUAAAACAUGUCUUUUCUUAAUAUUACAGUUAAGUUGACUUUGUACAUAGUUCAGACUGGUUUUUUUUCUGUUUUUUUUUUUUUUUUUUUUUUUUUUUUUUUCCAACUUCAAAAUGGGUACUUUGUCACCUGUUUGUGACUGACUGCAAAUGAAGUAUGUUCAGGAACCAUUCCAGAUUUUUUUGACUGAUUAAAAUAAGGCAGUAGGGGUAGCCAGCUUCAUUCAUCCCAAUCUGUAAAUCAUUGUUGUCAUUUGCCUGCCUCCACAGGGAAGGUCAGAGCGUCAGGUCAGCUACACAGCCUGACCUGGAGCCGGUAGGGACUCGCGCUGCGCUUCAUUAGUGGUUUGACUUGCCCUCGUUGACCUCCUCUUGACACUUGUCCUUGGAGAAAUCUCCACCGAUCUCUUAAAUGUCAUUCCAUUUGUCUGAAGAACUGAAGUGAACUUGGUAAGGUUGACCGUCAGAGGGCUUAGGGAGCGAGUCAACAACAAUGAUCACUCCACUGAAUAUAAACCUUAAUGCACUGCAGUUAUCCUUAAUGUCUGAUGCAAUGUCAACUUGUAGGAGGGGCAAAUGAUAUGUGUAAGUAAACACCAGUUUUCAUAUAGGUCACAUUAGAACAUUACUAUUAGUCCUACUACUACUACUAAUGAUAACAAUACUAGUAAUAAUAGAGUAAUGUUCAGAAAACCGGAUUUUUCAAAUGCAAGCCAAAUUAACAAAUGACGACACGUCACAAGCAUCCUCAGAAAACAUAACGCCGUGGCUUCCUUGAGUCAACUGGUGUUUUUUUUUUUUUUUUACCUGAAAAAAGCAACAAAACAUCAUCGACUGCUUAACAAGGGCAGGUGCGUUCCAUAUAAACCCCCCUCUCUUCUCACACUCCCUUUCCCACUGAUCUCCAAAUGACCUCCGUGUGACGUCUCUUGUUACGAAUCACCAAGGAGUGAGGGGAAACAAAACAGCUAAUGAAAUGCAAACUCCAUGUCUUGCUCAGGGGCACUUCAGCAGAGUGGACACAAAUUAAUGUGUAGCUUUCAACUACUUCUACCCUGGUUAACUUUAAAAUCAAGGUGUUAGCCAGCAUAAAUGGCUAACAAUCAAAGGAUGCAUCGCUAAGCAUAUGAGGCAUAAUGUUGCCCACUGAGUUGAUCCCCUGCAGUUUUUGAGUUUCCUGUGCCUCGUUUUAACAGUUGUUCUUAAGGCACUUGAGAAGAUUUCAUAUUUUUUCUGCCAUCACUACAAGUCUUGUGUAGAACUUAAAGAUAAGCAUUUACAACAUUGUUUUCAAUCUUGAUUUUCCUACCACAGUCUGAAAGACUUUGAUGUACUCUGUGUACCUUUGUGGAUGUGCACUGUUAAAUUACACUAAUAAAAGAGUUUUUAUAGUUUCAGAGA